AUGGUGUCGUGCUUCGGUCGCGUCCUCGCUCUGAAACACUCACAAAAGUCUGAAAUGUUCCUCUCAGUAGUACUAGACCGACUGGCAGAAUACCGGGACGUUUUGGACGAAGAUGUGGCUGAGGAUUUGCUAACUAAGAUCGAGGCUAUUUCGGAAACUCUCAACGAAUUCACUCUAUCGGAACUGAAUAGAAUAUCCCACGUAUUCCCUCGCGAAGUGUUACUUAAACACGUGAAAAUCAACAGCAAAAUCAGUCAAGAUAGCGCCGAGAAUAAGUUUAAAUUGUGUUUGCAACUCGUUUGCGAUCCGGCGUAUAGUUUGUCCCAAUAUUGCUAUGAACUGGACAGCUGUUUGAAGGAAAACGAUGGCGACAAGUUUGAAGCGACAUUCAAAGUCAUGUUGUCAUUGACUAAUAACGAAUUCGCCGGACCGUCGUUCCAACUGCUAACCAAAUAUACUGACGCCCUCAAGGAUAUACAAGACUAUGAAUACACCAAAGAAUACAACAAGAAAGCCAGGAAAGCCAUACACGACGUUCUAACAGACAUGUCUAGUGCUCAGAAGUCAUCGCUUACUUUACCACUAUCGGAACUCUGUCCUGCUCUAACUAGUGGUAGUGUUGGUGCGAGUGAAGAGGACAGGAAGAGUUUGAGUAGACUGUUGAGGUUGGAUGGUUUGGAGGUGGUUCGGUUUGAAAAGCAGGUGCAAGUGUAUCUGGGGUCCAUACGACGGCCCUGCACCAUAUCAGUGCUAUGCAGCGACGGUCGCACCCGCAGAUUCUUGGUCAAAAGAGGGGAGCCCCUUCGUUCCGUGGCAGCUGUCCACACUGCGCUGGCAUAUUUCAACCGAGUGCAGACUUCUACAGCCGGGGGGAGUCAUCAUGUGAUUCCCCUAAGCGAAGACUGCGCCGUCAUGCAGUACUUGGAGGACCACGUCACCGUGCGCAGCAUGGUCGCCAAGAAAUAUAACUUGAACGGUCAGUAUAGCGGGUGUAGAUGA